AAUUGAAAUGCGGAACUGAAACGCGGGUCUUGUGAAAAUAUUGGAUGCAUUUACAACUUUUGCAGUUAUGGAGGAUGACUCACUUCUGAGUGAUGCAGAAGAUUAUGUGAAGCAGCAUAAUGUACAGAAACUACUCAGGGAUUGUGUGGUUAACUUGUGCUUAUAUCGCCCUAGUAAUCCUGUAGCAUUUCUUCGUGAGUAUUUUGAAAAACUUGAGGUUUCUUCCGGAAGAUCCAACAGUCCUCGCCAAGCUAAUCAUGAGACAGAGUCCACUCAUCGGGAAAAACAAUCACAAGAAUAUGAAGAAAAUUCUCAAUCAUCAUUCUCUACAUUGAAUGCUUCCACUCAUGCUUCUGGUGGAAAUGAAGAUUUGGCGCAUAAAACCAGUGUUCACACCCUGCCGCCGCCGCCAGUCAGCAGUCGAGACCAUGACCACCAAUCUUUCCAAAUGAACAGUCAUCAGUACUUCUGUGAUCCAGAUAUCCCUGUCCUCAACAGCAUUACUGAAACUCCUGCUUUAAAUAUCGAAAGUAAUUGUGAGUUCUAUAGCCCAACGGAAGAAGGAAGCAGCUGCUAUGAGACUGCAAAUAGUACCGACAGUAGUUAUAUGGCUGCAUCACCAUCUUCCGGUGUUAAUCUAACCAGACGCCGAUCUCGAAGAGGAGCAGUUAGUGGGGAGGUUUAUACAGAAGAGGAUGCAGCAUCGUAUGUAAAAAAGGUUGUCCCCAAAGACUACAAAACUAUGACGGCUCUUUCAAAGGCUAUCGCAAAGAAUGUUUUGUUCUCACACUUGGAUGAAACAGAAAGAAGUGAUAUAUUUGACGCGAUGUUUCCUGUACAUCGGAAUCCAGGUGAUGUCAUUAUUCAACAAGGUGAUGAAGGUGAUAAUUUCUAUAUUAUCGAUCAAGGUGAAGUCGAUAUAUUCCUCAAUAAUGAAUACAGUAGUACAAUUGGUGAAGGAGGCAGUUUUGGUGAACUGGCGCUUAUCUACGGUACACCUAGAGCAGCUACAGUCAAGGCGAAAACAGAAGUUAAACUAUGGGGUAUUGAUCGUGAUUCUUACAGAAGAAUAUUAAUGGGAAGUACAAUACGUCGACGAAAAAUGUAUCAAGAAUUCUUGUGCCGUGUACCUAUUCUAGACAAUCUUGACAAGUGGGAGCGUUUAACUGUUGCCGAUGCUCUGGAACCGGUUCGUUUUGAAGAUGGUGAGGUUGUUGUUCGUCAAGGGGAACACGGUGAUGAUUUCUUCAUCAUCACAGAGGGCACAGCUGCUGUCUUGCAGAAACCAUCCGAAUCCGGUGAACAAGUUGAAGUGGGUAAAUUACGACCAUCAGACUACUUCGGUGAAAUUGCCCUACUUCUUGAUCGGCCACGUGCAGCCACUGUUGUCGCUCAAGGUCCACUGCGUUGUGUAAAACUUGAUCGUAAACGAUUUGAACGUGUCAUGGGCCCAUGUUCAGAUAUCCUGAAACGAAAUAUAGCUAAAUACAACAGUUAUAUUUCCCUUAGUGUUUGAAACACCCACCUUUGAGGAUUGUGUGUGUGUUUUGCACAGCAGAGGAUGAAGAAGGCUGCUACUUUUUGCAGAUUUUUCUUUGAUCCAAUUGUGUAUAAAAAUAAAUGUGGAAAGACAAUUUACACACAGAGAAAUCAAUCCUGCAAUUCAGUCAGAAAAAAAAGUUCUCAACCUCCUCUCGUACACUACUAGUCUCAACCUUAUUUUUGGCUUUUUGAAGGGUUAUUUUGUCUUGUGGAUGAUGAUGAUGUACAUGAUCGACAUUUGAUUUGUUGAUUUGUCAAAUAGAUAGAUACGUUGCGUGGA